AAAGUGGGAAUAUGUUACAAACUAUAGAAUUUUCUCAAUAAAACCAAGAAAAAAUGGCCUUGCUUUUUGCUUUUUGAGCCAAAAAAUUAACUUAACUUAACUUGGCAGAAUUUGAACCAAGAAUGUAAAUAUCGAUAGAAUACCUCCAAGCAUAUUGUCCUGCAAGCUGACCAUUUACCCAGGUCACCACCUUUGUAAAAGUAAAUAUCAAUAGUUUAUUACAUCGGUCAUACUCUGGCGAUCAGAUUUCAUUUUUGUUUUUAUAUUUUUUCAGAUCAUGAAAUUCACAUUACCCAUUUCUUUUCUUGUAUUAAGUUCCUUAGCUGUAGAAGCAAAAGUCGUGUGGAAUGCACAUCGAAAUGCAAAUAUAACCAAAGGUUCCCAAAGUGAAGUCAAACUGGGGCCAGACACAAAAGCAGAUGAAACCAAGGAUUCCCGAAAUGUAGCUGUAGAAGAAUCAACCUCCAGCGUGUAUGAUAUACAUCGAAAUGCAGAUGAAACCAAAGGUUCCCGAAAUGGUGGUGAAAGCAGAACUGUUACAAGUAGUGAUGGAUCUUCUACUACUAUCAGACCUGAUAUGGGAACAACAAAAGAGCCUGGAUCAUACGCAGCAGUAACCAGCAUGCCCAACUAUGCCGUAGUGGUACUUUGCGUACUUGGUGCUUUGAAGCAUUUCUUUUUAUAAUCUUCUUUUCAAUUGGAUCAAAAUUCACGUUCUUUUGUAGGCGUAGGAGUGGCUGUGUGUUAAGUAGCUUGCUAACCAACCACAUGGUUCCGGGUUCAGUCCCACUGCAUGGCAUCUUGGGCAAGUGUCUUCUGCUAUAACCCCGGACCGACCAAUGCAUUGUGCCAUGCAGUGGGAUUGAACCCGGAACCAUGUGGUAAGCAAGCUAAUUACCACACAGCCACUCUUGCACCACCCAACAUAUUUUGUUUAUAUUUAAAGUGUGUUUAUCAUCCAAAUAAGAUUCUCAUUAAAGAAUAUAU